AUGAGUAUACCAAUUGACUUGUUGUGUGGUGAUAUAGCCUCUUAUUUGGAUCGAAAGUCCAUUAAUAGUUUGCAAUUGGCAUCUAAAGAUAUUCAUGACAUUCUGAAACGAACUGCGUGCUUUCCGUGGCCAGACUCUGUUCGAUUCUUCAAUCAAGCUUAUUCUAAAUGUAUAAUGUUCGCACCAAACGGAAAGUGGCUUGUCUAUGCAGAUAUGAAUGGAAUCAUCACCAUAUGGGAACGACACAAAGGAAAGUUUGCCGACGAACAAUCCAGUUUGGAUUGGAUCAGUUUGUUGACCAUUUCCGCAUCUUCUACCUGGCUGGCUUGCGCAAAUACAAUCGAUGACAAAGUUGCGAUAUACCAUUUGCCUACAGCAACUUGGCACGAAUCUGUCAAGUGCCAAUCCAAUAUGAAUUCCAUGGUCUUUGUACAUGAUAUUCUUUGCGUCACCACUAAAACUGGUAUUGGGAUCUUGGAUGUGAACAAUGCCACUCCAAGCAGUGGCGAUGAGGUAUUAGGUGAUUGUGGGGCUAGUCCGUCUGCGUUUCGAUUACUACACGAAGGGACCUUCAAAUUCAUGACUCCGGUUCAUUGGGUAGAACCUAUUCUUGCUGCUGCCGACAUGGAUCACCAAGUCCACCUUUGGGUCCUGGACAAGAAUAGGACGGAUGGGCACAGGAUACUUUGCCAUGCAGAUUCGAUAGAUGCGACUCAUCGCUAUGUAGUUUCCAUGUCAGCAAUCGGAGACGGUGGCGUCCCCAAUGGGAAUUUGGCCGUGGCUGGCUGGUGUUAUGCCACGAAAACUUCCUUCAUUGAUCUUUGGUCAUGUACCGAGUCGGCUCUUAUCCGACGGAUCCCGAUCGAUCACAAGAUUCACGUUUCUUCGUUGGUCAUGGUGAGCAAAACAUCUUGGGUUAUUGCAGAUGGCGCGAUUGAUCAAGUGAGAGUGUGGCGAAACUUUCGCCAUUAUGCCCGCUGUCAAGCCAAUCCCACGAGGAUGGCUUUUACACUGUACAAAAGUACGAUAGCCUGGAUUGGAAGGGGUUCGACCUUGUGGCUGCGAGAUCUAGAUACUCUAGUGGACUGA